AUGGCUCCCUUUCGGCCAAAUCCAGCUACCCCGUCGAACUCCAACAGGCCGUACAUUGCUGCGAGGUUGGCCAUGCUGAAGGUGCUCAAUUACUUCUCUAUCUAA